AUGGCCGAGGUUUCGGAGAAGCAAAAAGGUUCAGCGCUAGCGACAGGGCCGGCGGCCGGCUCCUCCAGAGGAGAUACCGCAGUCGAGCCGUCCCCGGAAGGCAACACAGCGGAGGUCGCGCUUGAGGCUGACGAGGGAGAGACGGACGGCACCGCGUCGAUUGACGACCGAAUCUCAAACUACACCUCUUCGCUGACGUCCAGCGUGAUCGACUAUCCCACAGAAUAUGGCAGGCGUUAUCAUGCCUUCCGGUCUGGCUCAUAUGUGCUGCCAAACGACGACAUAGAAUCAGAACGACUUGAUAUGGCUCACGCAUUAAUCACCAAGGUGAUUGGCAAUAAGCUUUACCUAGCACCCAUCGAGUCGCACAAGCUCCACCGCAUACUCGACAUUGGGACUGGCACUGGAAUUUGGGCUAUUGAAGCAGGUGACAUGUUCCCUAACGCUGAAGUCAGUUCAACUCUUUCACUUUCGAACUUUCAAGUACCGGCAAUACUAAGAUUUGAGAAGGUCAUUGGAAACGAUUUGAGCGCCAUUCAACCUACAUGGGUUCCUCCAAACGUCAAGUUCGAGAUCGACGACGUUGAGAGUCCCUGGGUGGGUAAGAAGUAUGACUACAUCAUGUGCCGGUUCAUGGCCGCUUCCAUCGGCGACUGGCCGAAGUUGGUAAAAAGCAUUUACGAUAAUCUCAACCCCGGAGGCUGGGCCGAGUUCCAGGACAUGAGCGUCGAGUACUACUCCGAUGACGGGACCUACACACCCCAGCACGCUACUCACGAGUGGAAUCAGACCUUUGUCAAUACUUUGAAGAGCAUAGGGCGAGAUCCGUGCCCAGGCCCACAGCUCGAAGGCUGGGUCAGAGGCCACGGAGGGUUCGAUAAUCUGUCACACCAGAAGUUCAAGGUUCCCAUCGGUCCUUGGGCAAAGCAUACCCACUACAAAGAAAUCGGCUUGUUGAAUCUGGCGCAGAUUUUGGAUGGGCUGGAGGCGUUCUCCAUGAAGUUAUUCUGUGGCGUUCUGGGAAAGACCGAGACGGAGGUCUUGGUGCAGCUUGCAUCGGUGCGGAAUGAGUUGAAGAGCAACUCAUUUCAUGCUUUGUAUGACAUUCACGUAGUUUAUGGGCAGAAGCCGCUGUAG